AUGGAGGUCAUGAAGAAGCCCAAGGACAUGAAGGUUAAGGACGAGAAUGAUUUUGAGUGGCUCAAGCAGACGCGGCUAUACUGGAGGACAGAGAAUGACCAUGCCGUGAUCUCCAUUGCUGAUGUUGAUUUCAUCUACUCAUAUGAGUACUUGGGCUGCAAAGAGCGGUUGGUAAUCACGGCCUUGACCGAUCGAUGUUAUUUGACGCAGUCACAGGCUUUGGGCAUGUUUUUCGGCGGCGCGCCUGCUGGCCCUGCCGGGACUGGAAAGACCGAGACAACUAAGGACAUGGGCCGGACAUUGGGCAUCUUUGUGGUGGUGACCAAUUGCUCUGACCAGCAUCGAUUCAAGGACAUGGCGAAAAUCUUCAAAGGAUUAUGUGUUGCACCCAGCGCCACGUUGCAGCAUGGGCCUUUGAUCCUUGAGCGCUUAAGAUCGAUGGACGUGGAUGUUCUGUGUUGCCAAGAAGCUGCAGGGGAUGACAUCUCGUUUUCGGAGGAGCUGCAGUCAUCAGGCUAUGAACCUAUAGCUCCCUCGGAACCACGCAAAGGCAUUGAGAAACCUGUAACUUUCGUGAGGAAAAGCAAGUUCAGCAUCCUGGCAGUGGAGCACAGGUCGCGGGCAAGCCUGCUUGCACUGCGCGAGCUUGAAAAUGAAGAUGUCGACACGGUAGGGAAGGCAGAGCCUGUUACUUUGUUUGUGGCAAACGUUCACCUUCAAGGGGAUCCUUCGGCACAGGACGCGCGCAGGUCUCAGCUGGAGUCAGUUUGCCGUCGCUUCCGUAAACUGAGAAAGGACAUAGGAGUUGACACAACAUCCAGCUGCGCAGUGAUAGUAGGAGACUUUAACGAGCUGGCUGGCAGUACGCUGCACCAAGAGCUUCAAGCAGUUGACGAUUCUUCUUUCCCGUCUAGACAUGGGAGCUGGAAAUUCGUGGAUUGCUAUGGUGGUGUCCCAACGCCACCGGCCACUUUCCGAGCAGCGGGACGAAGUGACCGUAUUGACUUCAUGUACAGAAGCGAAAACUUAAAUGUUGCGGCCCUGCAGUGGCCACUGUCUCUUGACGAGGAAGCGAAGCUUUGCUGGUCCUUUCGCUGGCCGCCUUGGCCUGAUCAGCUACCGUCUGAGUGGUAUCCUUCCGAUCACUUGCCCUUAGCGGCCUCUUUUACCAUGAGCUCUUGCAUGAGCGGCCUUUGGGGAUGCUUCGACGAAUUCAACCGCAUUGAGCUGGAGGUUUUGAGCGUUGUCGCCACUCAAAUUGAAUCGAUCAUGCAGGCAAAGAAGCAGAACGCCAAGACCUUCCUCUUCCCAGGUGAGCCAUACCCAAUCAAACUCGUGCCGUCGGUCGGCUAUUUCAUCACCAUGAACCCUGGUUACGCCGGACGGCAAGAGCUACCUGAGAAUCUCAAGGUCUUAUUUCGGAAUGCCGCGGCCUGUCGCGUCUGCAAACUUGGCACAAACCAUGUGAGACUUCAAAAGACUUCCAGCAACGAGGCAUAUUGUGGCCCUGAAUGCCAGCGGAAGGCAUGGCCGAAGCACAAGCUGGUGUGCACGCCGAAGAAGGUGCCAGAUCCGCAGAGGGCGCAGGCAAGAGGCGACUUGUCCAAGGGCAUUCCCGAGCAGCUUGAUUCAGAGCUGGCAGAACUUCCAAGCUUUCUUCAGCAUGGGCUGCAGGUGACCGAAGCUUUAGACCGCGUCGGAAAACUUGCCGAGUCGCACGACUUGCUGGAGGCGCUGGGCACCGGAUUGUCAGCGCAGUUGAGUACUACCAAGAAGGACGGACAAGCUGGUCAAGGUGAUGCAGCCAAACUGUCACAAGUCGUUGACGUCCUGUGGCACCAGUGCGGGUGGCAACCUCAUGUGCGUGAGAAACAUGAAUACAGUCUUCUCCAUGCCCUUCCUGAGAGCUGCGCCAUGGAAGAAGCUUCCAGAAUCGCCCCAGAGGGCCCAGGAUCGGGUGCAUUGCAUGCACCGGCCAGGCUUGUCGCCCCGCCACGGCAUGAGCAGCGGUUGGUCGGAAGACAGUGCCCUGUCAUAGAUGCUCAGGGCACGUUGUCCUUGGAAGUGAAAAAACAGCUGGCAAGCUUUUUCAACCCCACCUCGCCCUACCCCUGCAUAGUUCGCAAUCUGCCUAUCUUUCCUCGAGCUGUCGACUGCUGGGACGUGGAAUACCUCUGUCAGCACAUGGGCUCGCAGCUGUACCAUACCUUUGCCUCAUCACAGUCCAUGAAGCGCUUCGCUUAUUCCUUUGAAAGCCGUAAUGAAGGAGGCUACGAGCCAAGUACUAUCGCAGAGGCCCAGAAGAUGACAUUUGCAGAGUUCGUGCGGAAGCAGCAGGUCAACGAAGAUGGUAAAUCUUACUAUUUGCAAACGCCCGUGCUGCGAUAUGAAGGUGGUAUUGUUACCUCAGCCAAGUUUGAUGAACAGCUUGAAGCUGAUUUGCACACUAUGAACAGACAUCUCGUGCACGAGCUCGCGCAGUUGGGAGGUUUUGGAGAGCUUUCGCGCAACCAGCUCUUCGUCAGUUAUUCGGACUUCUUGACAGCAGUGCAUUACGAUCAGCAGCACAACCUGUACCUGCAACUGCGUGGAUGCAAACGGUUUUUGCUGUUUGACGUAACAUGUGCGCCUGCCAUGUACCCAUACCCGGUGCACCACUCACUGGACCGCAAGGCAAGGGUAGACUUGGAGAGUCUUGACUUGAACACGUGGCCCAAUGCCCAGGCUUUGGUUGGUCGUGGAGUGGAUGCUUUGCUUUUGCCCGGUGACAUCCUGUUUCUGCCAAUGAGUUGGUUCCACCAUGUGCACAGCAUAGGUGAGGAAAACGUAUCCCUCAACUGGUGGUUCUAUGAUUCUGGGGGUUUGUUUGAUCCUGCCAAAGUGUGCUGGCCUCUCUCAAACAUUUCCCUGGUUGAAUUUUCCAGGCACAUUGAAUAUUUUAUUGCUGAGCAAUUGGGGCCCUCACUCGUCGGGGCGUUCAUGAACUGGUGGCUUGGUACAGGGUCUGGCCCAGGGCAGAAGCUUCUGGCAGACCGCUGGCGUAUGGUCCGAAAUUAUGUUCUGUGGCAAAUGUUGAAGCUCCCGCGCUGCUCAUCCAAGUUUGUUUUGGCAGCUUUGGAUCCCAAGAGGUGGAUGCGCCUAGAUUCGCAGCCACACGCUCUGAAAGCUUCGCAGGGGCUUCGCGACGAACACAAAGUUCCAGAACUGCUGACCGGCCUGGAUGAGCUUGCACUUGGCGUGUUUCACAGUCGCAUGCCUGCCUUUGCAUAUCGAGUUCUAGGACGCGCAAUCGACUGCAUUUCGCGGCACAAGCUCCGCUUCUUCCUAGAGUGCUGUGAGGAAGUUUUGGUGACGCUGCGCGACUUCACAGACUGGGGCCAGCCCAUGGCAGCCCCACGUGCUCGGCCUGAUGGUGGUAAGGGCUUCCUCUUUGAAAGAGAAGAAGCGCGGAAAGCACCUGUGGCUAUUCUACGAACCUUGGGAGAACUCUGUGACCUGGCUGAGGCUCGAUAUGUGCGGGUAACAACUGUGGACAACGGCUUGUUUGCAAACUGGCUGCAAGUCCUGGACGCUUGCUACUUUGCCACAGUCACGGUUGAGCCUGAUUGGAUAAUUACUGGGCAGGAGCGUGAGUUCAACUAUGGUUCUGUGGGGGAUGAUGUGUUUCAUGGCCUGUUCAAGCAACUCUCGGACCGGGUUGGGGCAUGCGAGCCGCGUGAGCCGCGAUUUGACGUCACACACAGAUUCAACUUUUUGUUAGUAAACGUGUUCCGUGGACAGUUCCUGCGCGGACCCUCAGCGGCGAAACGCCGAGAAGAGUACGCUGAGGUGGCGAGCCAGUGCCUGCAGCCGUGCCCAGAGGUGCUAAAGCUGCGCGAUCGGAUCCUUGAACAGCGUGGCCCUGGUGUUCUGAUUGGCGUGCAUAAGCGCGUCGAUAACCCAGGAACGGCACGCAUGCAGCUUGAGCAACGCAUGCUGCGAACAGAGUGCUACAUCGACGCAGCGCUCAAGUUGGUGCACAGAUACAGCCAGCAUGGAACACCCACAGUUUUUCUGGCGACUGACGAUGAGCCUGCAGUGUCUGCUUUCCGGGCAGCAUUCGGACAACAUCUGAUUUUAAAUGAGUCAGCGAAGCGAACUGAGGGUGGCAUCAACGACUCGCGCUUACCCAGAGAAGUUCACGGCCAGCCGACGCGCCUGACCAUAGCUGAUGCCAGGGACUGCUUAGUUGAUGCGCUCGUGCUUGCCUCGUGUGACGCAGUCAUUCACGCUGACUCGAACGUCAGCAUUGCUGCGGGCAUUAUGAAUCCGAAAUCUGAUGUCUAUCACGUUCGUGAUCUAGUCACGGCUCAGAUGGAGGGUGGAGCAUGGCCGGGCUACAAGCGCUGCAGCUUGCCAUUCUAA